AUGGCUGAGACGUUCGAGUUCCAGGCUGAGAUCUCUCAGCUUCUCUCCCUCAUUAUCAACACAGUCUACUCGAAUAAGGAGAUUUUCCUGCGUGAGAUUGUCUCGAACGCUUCCGAUGCGCUCGACAAAAUCCGCUACGAGGCUUUGUCCGAUCCCAGCAAACUGGAUUCGGGCAAGGACCUUCGCAUCGACAUUAUCCCGGACAAGGAUAACAAGACUCUGACCAUCCGGGACACCGGUAUCGGCAUGACCAAGGCCGAUCUCGUCAACAACCUCGGCACCAUCGCCCGCUCCGGCACCAAGCAGUUCAUGGAGGCCCUCACCGCGGGUGCUGAUAUUUCCAUGAUCGGCCAGUUCGGCGUCGGGUUCUACUCGGCGUACCUCGUCGCCGACAGGGUUACUGUCGUCUCCAAGAACAACGAUGAUGAGCAGUACAUCUGGGAGUCGAGUGCCGGUGGCACCUUCAGCAUCACCCCCGACACUGAGGGCGAGCAGCUCGGCCGUGGUACCAAGAUCAUCCUCCAUCUCAAGGAUGAGCAGACCGACUACCUCAAUGAGAGCCGUAUCAAGGAGGUUAUCAAGAAGCACUCCGAGUUCAUCUCGUAUCCCAUCUACCUCCACGUCAAGAAGGAGACCGAGAAGGAGGUCCCUGAUGAGGACGCUGAGGAGGUGAAGGAAGGCGAGGAGGGCGAGGACAAGAAGCCCAAGAUCGAGGAGGUUGAUGAAGAGGAAGAGAACAAGGAGAAGAAGCCUAAGACCAAGAAGGUCAAGGAGACCAAGGUCGAGGAGGAAGAGCUCAACAAGCAGAAGCCCAUCUGGACCCGCAACCCUCAAGACAUCACUCAGGAGGAGUACGCUUCCUUCUACAAGUCGCUGUCCAACGACUGGGAGGAUCAUCUUGCCGUCAAGCACUUCUCCGUCGAGGGUCAGCUUGAGUUCCGGGCUAUCCUCUUUGUGCCCAAGCGCGCUCCUUUCGAUCUCUUCGAGACGAAGAAGACGAAGAACAACAUCAAGCUCUACGUCCGCCGCGUCUUCAUCACGGAUGAUGCCACCGACCUCAUCCCCGAAUGGCUUAGCUUCAUCAAGGGCGUCGUGGAUUCUGAGGAUCUCCCGCUCAACCUGUCCCGUGAGACCCUUCAGCAGAACAAGAUCAUGAAGGUGAUCAAGAAGAACAUUGUCAAGAAGUCUCUCGAGCUCUUCAACGAGAUUGCGGAGGACAAGGAGCAGUUCGACAAGUUCUACACCGCUUUCUCCAAGAACAUCAAGCUCGGUAUCCACGAGGACUCGCAAAACCGCGCCACCCUUGCCAAGCUCCUGCGGUUCAACUCCACCAAGUCUGGCGAUGAGCAGACUUCGCUCACUGACUACGUCACCCGGAUGCCGGAGCAUCAGAAGAACAUGUACUACAUCACUGGCGAGUCUCUCAAGGCCGUCUCGAAGUCGCCGUUCCUUGACUCCCUUAAGGAGAAGGGCUUCGAGGUUCUAUUCCUUGUCGACCCCAUCGAUGAGUAUGCCAUGACUCAGUUGAAGGAGUUCGAGGGCAAGAAGCUCGUCGACAUCACCAAGGACUUCGAGCUUGAGGAGACCGAGGACGAGAAGAAGCAGCGUGAGGCUGAAGAGAAGGAGUACGAGGGUCUCGCCAAGUCGCUCAAGAACGUCCUUGGCGACAAGGUUGAGAAGGUCGUCGUUUCACACAAGCUGGUUGGCUCCCCUUGCGCCAUCCGCACCGGCCAGUUUGGCUGGUCUGCCAACAUGGAGCGUAUCAUGAAGGCCCAGGCCCUCCGCGACACCUCGAUGAGUAGCUACAUGUCCAGCAAGAAGACCUUCGAGAUUUCUCCCAAGAGCCCAAUCAUCAAGGAGCUCAAGAAGAAGGUUGAGGCAGAUGGUGAGAACGACAAGACCGUGAAGUCGAUCGUCCAGCUCCUCUUCGAGACUUCGCUGCUGGUCUCCGGCUUCACCAUCGAGGAGCCUGCUGGUUUCGCUGAGCGCAUUCACAAGCUUGUGUCGCUCGGCCUGAACCUGGAUGAGGAGCCCGAGGCUGCCGAGGAGGCUCCGGCUGCUGAUGCUAGUGUCCCUGCCGCCGAGACCGGCGACAGCGCCAUGGAGGAGGUUGAUUAA